AUGUCGCGGAGAACAGCGUCGAGGUACUCGGCGGAUCCUCCAACCGAUGCUGAGGCAGCACCAGCUUCCGCUUCCUUUCCAUCACACGCCACGACAAAACGGGGCGGUACCUGCAUACCAACGCGUUCGAAUGUCAUUGACCGUAGAAGUCUUGCGUACGCACGCGACGACUCGAAAUCGCAGAUCACAGGCGGUACUCCAUCCAGAGGCCGUGUGGCGCCGCCCAGAGGGCAGGUGUCCUGCAAGUUCAACACGUCAUGCGAAGACCGCAGCGCCAGAUCGUCCAACAGCCUUGUCAUUCUCCGCGGGAUUAGCGCGCAACGCAUAUCUAAUGCCAUGGGCAACUCCGGUUCGAUUACCGUUCCCCCCGAGCCUGCGUAG